AUGGAAUGGUUCCAUCCGAGGAGAAGGGGUCCUGAGUGGAAACAUGGGUGGGCAGGCCAGACUCUGGCUUCCAUCUCUACACCACCAUCUCCAUUGCUCACCAUUUUUGGCAUAGUUAUUCUCCUACUAUGGCUCUCUCAGUACACAGAUUACAAGUCUCAAUUACGCCACACAGCAAUCAACUUUCAGCUUUUCCUUUUCUUGCUACCCAUUCUGCUUAUUUUCUUGGUGGCUUCAUAUUCUACAAACUGGAUGCUUUAUUCUCGGCUCCAACAACCGCAGCAUGAUUCGGUUAGUCCAGCUGCUGCUGCUGGGGGAUCUUCGCCUUGGGGUAUUGCCAUCUUUGUGGUGCUGCUGCUUGUUUUGCUUUCUUACCAAUCUACAUUUCAUUCCAAAUGGUUUGGACCUCUUGGGAGGUCAGAUUAA